CCGGGCCGUCGUACAGUAGGAAACAUGGCGGCCGUCAGUAAGUAUGUGACAGCGAAGAACUCAGCUGUAGCCGGCGGUGUCCUACUCGUUUUAUACUUCCUUAAGCAAAGACGAAGAUCCGCCAGAUUGAACAGGAAAGGGGGCUCCUCAGAAAAUCUCAAUGGAGAGAAAGAUGGCAAGAAAGAGAGAGCCGCCGUGGACAAGCUUUUCUUCAUCCGCAUCUCACGAAUACUCAAGAUCAUGGUGCCGAGAUUCUUUUGUAAAGAGACGUGGUACCUGCUCCUGAUCGCAGCGACGCUCGUGACUAGGACCUACUGCGACGUCUGGAUGAUUCAGAACGGAACCAUGAUCGAAAGUGCAAUUAUUGGUCGAUCCACUGAAGGUUUCAAGAAGUACUUAUUCAACUUUAUCACGGUCAUGCCAAUUAUCGCCCUGGUGAACAACUUCCUGAAGCUGGGCUUAAAUGAACUGAAGUUGUGCUUUCGUGUGAGACUAACCAAACAUCUCUACGAUGAGUAUCUCAAGGGAUACACAUACUACAAAAUGGGAAACCUGGAUAACCGCAUCGCCAAUGCUGAUCAACUGCUGACGCAGGAUGUGGAAAGGUUUUGUAACAGUGUGGUAGAACUUUACUCCAAUCUCAGUAAGCCCUUGUUGGAUAUCGGCUUGUACAUUUUCAAAUUGACAACUGCAAUCGGAGCUCAGGGUCCUGCAAGUAUGAUGACCUACCUGCUCAUCUCCGGCCUGUUCCUGACGCGCCUGAGAAGGCCAAUCGGUAAGAUGACGGUAACGGAGCAGAAAUACGAGGGAGAAUACCGUUAUGUCAACUCUCGCCUUAUCACAAACAGUGAGGAGAUUGCAUUUUACAAUGGAAACGCCAGAGAGAAACAGACAAUUCACUCGACCUUCAAAAAGUUGGUUGAUCAUCUGCACAAUUUCAUUGUCUUCCGUUUCUCCAUGGGGAUGGUGGACAGCAUCAUUGCCAAGUAUUUUGCUACCGUUGUUGGAUAUUUGGUUGUCAGUCGCCCAUUUCUUAAUUUGUCUGACCCUCGACACCUGAGCAGCACACAUGCUGAACUGCUAGAGGACUACUACCAGAGCGGUCGCAUGCUGCUGCGCAUGUCGCAGGCGUUGGGUAGAAUCGUCCUUGCAGGCAGAGAAAUGACACGGCUUUCAGGCUUCACUGCUCGCAUCACUGAGCUUAUGAGGGUCCUGAAAGAGCUGAACUCUGGGAAGUAUGAACGCACCAUGGUGUCUCAGACAGAGAAAGAUGUUUCAGAAAAGCUCACGUUGGUCCCUGGUAGUGGAAGAAUUAUCAAUGUUGACAACCUCAUCAAGUUUGAACAUGUACCAUUGGCUACACCUAAUGGAGAUGUUUUGAUCAAAGAUCUGUGUUUUCAGGUGAAAUCUGGUACCAAUGUUUUGGUGUGUGGUCCCAAUGGGUGUGGUAAGAGUUCACUUUUCCGGGUUCUCGGAGAGUUGUGGCCUCUGUUUGGUGGGAGUUUAACGAAACCAGAACGAGGGAAGCUGUUCUACGUCCCUCAGAGACCUUACAUGACACUCGGCUCACUGAGAGAUCAGGUGAUCUACCCAGACACCCACGAGGACCAGAAGAAGAAAGGAAUAUCCGACCUGGUGCUGAAGGAAUAUCUAGAUAACGUCCAGUUAGGACACAUAUUGGAGCGAGAGGGAUCGUGGGACAUCGUUCAGGACUGGAUGGAUGUUCUCAGUGGAGGAGAGAAGCAGAGAAUGGCGAUGGCCCGGCUGUUCUAUCACAAGCCGCAGUUUGCCAUCCUGGAUGAGUGCACCAGUGCCGUAAGCGUUGAUGUGGAGGAUUUCAUUUACAGCCACUGCAGAACGGUUGGCAUCGCUCUGUUCACGGUCUCUCACAGGAAGUCCCUGUGGAAACAUCAUGAGUACUACCUUCAUAUGGACGGCAGAGGAAACUAUGAUUUCAAACCCAUCACGUCUGAAACUGUGGAGUUUGGCUCUUAGAGAAGCGAUACCACACGGCCCUAGAAAUAGACUGCAGCCAUUCACUUCUUCUGAAGAUGCCAACCAACCUAAUCUAGUUUGUUUUUAAUCAACUGUGACCUUAUUUUGGAAUACAUGUGUUAAAAAGUAGCUAACACUACUUUUGUCCUCACUGAUUGUAAAUAAUUUGUAAUUUAAGUAGGACAUCCGUUAAGAAAGAAAGUGUGGGGUGCGUACCAAGAAAUGACGUUGUGUGUUAGCGCACUUUUAUUGUUUGAUAAAUGAAGCAAUGAAGAAUCUGCGGGGAUAUUCGCACGCAGUAAAUCAACGCCACUGGACUGUACGUAGAUGUUUGAAAAACACAGAAAGAACUAAUAUUUUUUUCAUAGUUCCAUUCUUAAAGUAACUAAGUGACCUUAGUGCUCACCGCAGCACGGUUCGUCGUUUGGAUGCGCGUGAAAUGUUUUUGGAUGCACUUUUUGGCGAAUUGUACAACGAGCAUGAAGAAGCGUUCAUAAGAGCGUUAGAAAUGUCACUUUAACACUUCAUUCUUAAGGCAGAAUAAAAUUUCACUUUGCUGUAUGUUUUCAUUAAAACAAGGAGACAUCAGUACCAAGAGUUCAGUUUGUGGUUGUUUUGUCCCGCAGUUAAAAAUAAUCGCGAGGAACGGUUGUAUCUGAAAGGGGUUCUCAUGAGAGUUGUAGAAUUUGUUCCUGUCAAACAGAUCUGCACGGAUAUGCCGUACGGUAACAGAGCUCCUUAUCUCUGAAAAGAUUGUUUAACUUUGACUCUCCUAUCAAAUGUAAGUGAGAGGUCAUUGAGAUUAGACACUGUUUGACCUAUCAUCUUCCACAUGAAAACUCGAUGUUCUUAAUGAUUCUCUACUCACCUGUUCUCGACCAAAGAUCAAUUUGUGCUCGAGAAUGAAAAUGGUGAAAUGGUGUCAGUGGAGCUCAUAUUGUGGCAUGAUGUACCAGACCCUCCCAUUUUCUUGUUUGCAAGGUCUCUCUCUUACAAAAAAGGAUUCAUGGUGAACCGUGUGACCGCAGUAGUUUUUAGACACGGCACCUGUUAAUACCAUGGUUUUCUAGACGUGUACCAUGAUAAACACUGUAAUCAUUCAUUCAUGCAAUAUUUAAUAAUGUUCAGUAUUUUUAUGUGUAUGGUAACAUUCAUUCUGUAUGUGCAUGACUUGCAUUCAGUGUGUGUUAAUGAUUUCUUAGAAACCAGCUGGAUAGCUUCCAUAAUAAACUUUCUACUUCAA